UUAGGCCCGCCACUAACGAUCGGUGGUUUUGUUUUGGCUGACGAUCCUCGUGCCGUCUGUCAGGGCUUUGGCUUCGGGUCGGUUCCAAGUGAAGAUUUGGCAUCUUUUUUUUGGAAAGCAAAUUUCAAGAAUAAGAAGAUUUCGUUCAAUGCUAGGAGAAUGUGAAUGUGAGUUUGUGUGUGGUGGGAAAACUUGUGUAAACAAGUGAUGAUUGUUAUUUUCGGUUUUUUACCACCACUUUUCGACGACAACGAUUUUGCUGUGUCGCAAAACGCAGAUCAAACGGUCGUCAGUAGAAUGCCGUUGUAGUGUUUCUUUUUUUUCCCCUGUUGGUGGGCCCAUUAUCGCAGCUGCUGGGGGUGAUGGCGGUGGUGAUCGCGAUGUGAUACCCGGGCGAAUGUUUGCCUUUCGGUUGAAAGUGAAGGUGAUUCGGGAAAUUAAACGGGUUUUAUCCCAGGAAAAAAAAAAAUAACUGAAAACAAGACAACACUAGAAACUUGUUGCAAAAGUGUGACCGUGGGACUGCAGUGGCUGCCAGCAGAGGAUCAGGGCAGACACAGACCGGCCGGCAAGCCAUCAUCUGAGGAACUUGACCGAUGAUCUCGGAUGACUUGACCAACCAACCGAGGAUUCCUGAGAAAGCCAUCGGCCGAGAGCAGCGGGACAGCAGGGGAAUUGAAUUACUCGCGCUAAAUUGUGGGAUUAUAAUUAAGUGAACACAAAGCUGGACAUGAGAAGAAUAUAGUUUCAUCGGUGUUAGUUUUCCGUGGAUUAUGUUAUGCCUGCACUUGGUGGUGCAACUGUCAGUGGCACGGCAAACAAGAAGAGCAACAGACGAAGAAGAUACCAGUUUUUCUUUCUUCUCUUUCUUCUUCUUCAUCCGAUUCACGAGGGCACGAUAAAACACCGGAAGAGUGAAGCUGUUGGCAAAUGAAAAUGUUUUUUGAAGUGGCAAACUGACGCGCAAGUUUUCCCGUUGUGUCCACAGGAGAAUGUAAUACUUUUUUGCAAAGUUAGUCAGACGACGGGGAAAGAAACCUUACGCGAAGAAAAAAACAGUGGAAGUGUGUCGUUUUGUGUAAUUUUUCAAUGGUGAAGAGCAGAAAGCAGAAAAAAAAUAAAAGUUCCAAUGCGUGCGAGAAUCAGUGGCAGUACUUUCCGCGUGUGAAGCAACAGAAAAUUAUGCAAAUACGGUUUUAUUUUUCCGAAGUGUACUUUGCUAUUGAGCUGAAGUGAAGCAAGCAAAAAGCUGAUGAAAGUGUAGUACGACGACGACGACGAAUAGCUUGCAUUAAAUUAAUUGAAAAAGUGAAAAAAUAAUGGAAAAUAACACGAGAGAAUAGACAGCUGUCGUGAAUUGGAUAGCAAAUGCCGCUGCCGAUGUUUUGUUUCCAACCUGGUCAUGGCGUCAUACUAAAAUAGUUUACUUCGAAUGUGCCACUCGUGUCUGUGCUGUGCUAGUUAAUUAUUUUUUUCGUUGGACCCACCCACCUCUGAAGGCUUAAGACAGCAGCUUAGGAAGACUUUUCACGGCCGGCUGAAGCCAAACUCGUUGCUCCGUUGGCGGCGUGUGCUCAUCGGUUCCCGGAUAGCAGCCCGGAAAAAGGCAUCACCGCGGAAGGAUGACUAAUUGUAAUCUAUAAUAUCAACGAGAGUGCACGAGCUAAACAGCAGCAAGGUUAUCUGUAUUCUUCGAGUUGGUUGCAGUUUAAAAUGCAGUUCCCCUGCAAUGACCCAUCGUAUCAACGUCAGCAAGUUCUAGCAAAACUAGUCCGACAAACUGAAACAGCAGCAGCAGCAAAAACAACAACAACAACGACCCGAAGCAGCAGUUGGCCAUGGUUAAUGAUCCUCGUGAGUGCAGCGUAUCCGGAUUGCACCAGCCAACUUGAUUUCAUGUGCGUUUGGUGGCAUGUACCUCGGCUAGUACUACGACAUCGGUAAACCAUGGAAGAAGCCGCCGUACGGCAAGUAGCACCCUAGGAAGAUAGAUGACACUGCACCACUGGAUGCUGGUUGCAUUCCGUGCCGAGAUUUACUGCACUAGUGAUUUUAAAACACUGUUCAUUUGUACUGAACUGGGGCAUCCUGUGGCAAAGACGCAGAGAGCGUGAACAUAAAACGAGCUCUGAUUAGCUAAGGCUAUCGCACCAGUUGUUAGCGAGUUUCAAGGUUACGUGAAGCAGAUUUUAACUAGAUUAGAUAGAACACCGAAAAUGAACAUGACAAACACUGAUUAUAACUUCAGCAUAGUUCUCGACGAUCGGUACGUUCUGCACGGUUCGGCGGACAACUACACGAACGUGUCCUACAACGGAACGGACUACCACGACCCGUCGACCUGUUACUAUGCGCUGGAGUGGUACACGGAGACUACGCUGUUCGAGUUCUGGAUCAGUGGCGUUGUGAUGAAUUUCGUCGCUUUUCUGGGAAUCCUAGGAAACAUUCUGUCCAUGGUGAUCCUUUCGAGGCCUCAGAUGCGUUCCAGCAUCAACUAUCUGCUGAUAGGUCUAGCUCGCUGUGAUACCGUUGUGAUUCUGACGUCGAUGCUGCUGUUCGGCAUACCGGCCAUCUACCCGUACACGGGCUACCUGUUCUACUACUACUAUGUGAUACAUCCGGUCAUCUCGCCGGUGGUCUAUCCGUUGGCCAUGACAGCUCAAACGGCCAGCGUCUAUCUGACACUGACAGUGACCCUCGAGCGGUACGUCGCCGUAUGUCACCCGUUGCGGGCCCGAGCCCUCUGUACCUACGGACGAGCGCGAAUCUAUGUGAUAGCGAUUAUCGUGUUCUCACUUCUGUACAAUAUGCCUCGCUUCUGGGAGGUCACCGUGUCAUCGUUCAACCACCCGGAAUACGAAGGAGCGUACUGUGUGAGUGCCUCAUCACUUCGUACCCACGACCUGUACAUCAAGGUCUACGUGCACUGGAUGUAUACCGUCUUCAUCUAUCUGCUUCCCUUCAGCUCGAUCUCAUUCUUCAAUUCGAUGAUCUACCAGCAGGUCCGCAAAGCGAACCGCGAACGCCAGCGGUUGUCACGAUCGGAAAAACGCGAAAUUGGCCUAGCCACCAUGCUCAUAUGUGUAGUCAUUGUGUUCCUUCUGUGUAACCUCCCUGCCAUGAUCCUCAACAUAAUGGAAGCCGUCUACUCGGACAUCAACGAUUAUCUAGUCAAAACGUCCAACCUGCUGGUCACCAUCAAUUCGUCCGUCAAUUUCAUCAUCUACGUCAUAUUCGGUGAAAAGUUCAAACGAAUUUUUCUUAUGUUAUUUUGUAAGUCGCGUCUAGGUCGUGAAUCUCCGGACGGCUUCCUGCACGAGGACAGUUCCUUUUCCAACGGGGAAGGAAGCAAUCGGAACUCGGGCCGAUUCCAGCGGGUCGGCACGACCCGCAGCAGUACGACCAAGAUCAGCAACAGCGCGUUCGGUAGCAUACGAACGACGCGGACGACCAUCCGCAGUACGCGAGCUCCGUCGCCGGGACCGAUCGUGUACUAUCCGGCACGGGAUACCCUGCCCCGGGCACAACCCAACGCACCGAUCCCCCGCAGUACGUCGAUGUUUCACCCGUGCUGGGAUCGGGAACACGGCAACGGCAUCAUGAUGGCCACGUCCGGUUUCUAGCCACUGCUCAAGAUUUCCUCGAAGGAUGUCGAAGGAGAUCACAAGUUCUAGGUCUGUAGGUAGUUUAAAUUCUGCUAGGAACUAGCUUCUCUACUAUAGCUUUAAUUAUCGAUACCUGAGAUUGUGCGAGUGCAAGUGUGAGUGCGUGUCGUGUGUUUGCGAGUGUGUGGACGCGGAGAUUCCUGGGCAAUAAACUUGUCGUUUGAUGGCACCACCGUCGACCGGAUCGCACUGCUAGGGCUCUAACAAAACGAUCGUUAGGUGAAUGAUUUGUUCUACAUAGCUGCCGUAUUUGAUUGAUCACCAAAUGUUCGAUACUUCGAUACUGGAUUAAUUCCUUAAUUACACAGAUUAGAAUAUUUUGCUAAUUUUUUUCAUGUACAUCUUUGGGGCAGAAAAUUGAACAUGAAUUUACUUUCCGGUUUUUAUUUUUCAACAUACAGGGUUGCGCAAAGGAACCUGACACAUUUUGUUCUCCGGUUACACUAGAACCAAUCAAGGGAGUGAGAAACCGAACACGGCAUCGGAAAUAGAAUAUAAUCCGCUGCAGAUGGAGGCCUUUCUAAAGACGUUAGACCUCUUCUCCAAUAAAAGCAUAUGAGCAUAAUGAAAUCAAAUGUUAAGUUGAUCUGCUAGAACCAAAUCACUUGUAGAAAAAUUUCUCAUAGAAGAUAAACUAGUUGGGCUAUUUGGAAAUAAAACUGGUCAUACCAGUGGAGAGUUCGUGAUGAAGAACUCGUACUUUCUGGACAUUUUUCUGUUUGUUCCGCGAGAGAUGUUCAGCAUUUAGAAACUCACCCCUUUCCUCAAGUGAAAAAGGUGGGUAUGUAAUGUAGGAGAUGUAACUGGAUGACGUGAAUACGAAUAAAAUCUGAAUAGAACCUGAAUUCUGGACCUGGAAUUAUGGAACUGAAAUUUGGAGCCGAAUGCUAGAACUGUAUUUUUGACCUAAAUUCUGGAAAUCAAGUUUGAUACUAGAUACUGGAACUGAAUUCUGAACCUGAGCUCAGGAACUAAAUUUUGAAACUGAUUCCUGGAUCUGGAUUGUUGAACUGAUCACUGAAUCUAUGUUCUGGAACUGAAUUUUGAAACUGAAUUCAAAGUCAGGAUUCUAGUUCGGAACUGAAUUCUGAGCUUGAAUCCUAGCACUGACAUCUGGACCUGAACUCUGAUCUGUAGCUGAAUUUUAGUUACAGAAUUCCCAUCCAGGAUUCAAUUCUAAUUUUCAGAUCCAGAAUUAAGCUCCGAAGUUCAUUUCUAGAAAUCAUACCCGGAAAAAAAUAAAAUCCAUUUAAAAAAAUCUUCAGACUCUAGGUUCUGAAUUCCGCUUUUGGAUCCAGACUCUAGACCUGCACUCUGGAACUAAAUUCUGCACCAGAGCUUAAAAUUGUCACGCAUUCUCAAUUAAAGAAUCCAAUCCAACAGCAAUAUUCUACUGCCACAUUCGUAAAUGACCCAUACACCAGAACAAACGAAGAGAGACGAAGCAUUUUCGUUUCUCAUUAAAAAAAAAGAGAGAGUUUCAUUGCCAACGUCACUCUUACCUCUAUGACAAGACGAAACCAAACUAACGUCUGCAGGGAGCAUCAGCAGAAUUUCAAUUCUCAUUCUUUCAUCGAUGUAUUGAAAAUCUGUGACGGCUCGGCUAUAAAGAGUGACUAAAAUAUGACAAAUCGAAGUUAUUUCAUCUCAGAACCAAAACUAAUAAAGAUUCGAGUACCAACAGGUAAAAGUCGUUGUGAAACCUUUUUCUGUCAUUUUCGAUUCUCAAAGCUUUGGUUGAAUAUCGACACUGCAUACUAUGGGAUUUUCACUGAAAGCCGCAAAUGACUGAAAGGGCAAAUGAAACAAAGAAAGAAAGAACACAAUUUUGAAACUACUGUUCCGCUUAUGUUAUUGACUGGAUAUGGAUUUCGUUCUCAUAGUUUGCAAACGGAGCUGAGAGUGACAUUAAUUUCUCGUCAUUUUUGUCUAUUUUGAGUCAAUGAAAAUGACUUUUAUUAGCUCUGUUCUGCACCAAUUCUGGAAUUCAUUUUAGGUCUGAGUACUGAAAAGACAACUGAAUUUUGAUACUGAUGUCAAGUCUGAACCUUAGUUUCAGUUCCAGAAUUCAGUUUCAUCAUUCCGAUCCAAACCCAGAAGUUCCAAAUCCAGGUUGGUAAUCUAGGUCCUGAUCUCUGUUUCAAAUUUCGGUUCCAAAAUCCGGUGAAAGUCGGAUUCAGUUCCAGAAUUCUGGAACUCGAGUUUUAGAUCUGGAUUUUGGACCUGAAUUCUGGUCUGAACUGAAUGUAGCACUGAAUUUUUACCUUCUUUACUUAUCAAUCAUUUGAGAAAACUUCAAAUUCGCGCUAUAUAAGAUUAACUUAUGCUACUGACAAUUCUAUCACAAAUUGCAGAUCGUAUCUCUGAUGACAUGGAGAAAAAAAAUGUUGAUACGUUUAGUAAAUUAAGAGAUAUUCACGAUCAAAUACUUAUUAAAUUUUGAAAAGACAUCCCAUAGCAAAGUAAGAUGUAUACACGUCAAACGAAAAUAGAUCAAUAUCUUGGACGUUGCUGCGAAUUUCAUAUGAUUUAUUUGCUCAUCAACACAUUGAAAUUGAUUUACAAACAAAAUUUGAUGAUUCAUCACCUUUUUGGUAGCAAUCAGCUUCGUUGCAUAAAAAAUAGUGCUAGUGUUCCGAAAAUCAGUUCUAAAAGCCUUUCAUAUUUCCUCCAUGUUCUAUGUUUAUUGGAUGUCAGUGAAUAUUACGGUAGAACAUCAGAAUUAUGGACAUUCCCAGGGGCAAAUGACUCUGAACUCUAGACAAUCUCAUACUAAUAAACUCAUUUCAUUCCAAAAUAAUCUUCUCUAAUCUCUUUGAUCCCAACUAGUCUAGAUAAGUUUGGGUAAUUUUAAGGUAAUCCUACCUAGUUUUGCAUAAUCUUGUUUGAAGUGUAUCUGUCAUUCGAGCUCGCAAACAGAGAUGCCAUUUAUACAGAUUUAUCUGUAUUAUACAGAUUUUUACAUGCUCAUACAGAACAAACAUCCAAGCUAGCACAAACAUUUCCAAAAUUUUAUUUGAUUAGAGAUCAUGUCAAUUGUAUAGGUGCGCAGUGCUGUUAAUUUGGCGCGCACGAAUUUGAUAUUUCCUUCCUCUAAUUCUGUGUACGAGAUUCGAUGCGGACUCGCCUGAGGGCACCAUGCUCACAAAAAAGGAUGUUGCCAAUGAUUUGUUCGGGAAAUGUGAGAGCUGGAUAUAUUGUUAAUAUGAUGUCUAUGCCUGCGUUGAGCAGUUGCAAAAGGAAAGAAAAAACAGAAAAGAAACAAAAACUACGUUGACGGCUUCUUAUGUCAAAAUAAUGCUUUUCCAGAUCUCGGCUAAACUUUUUCUAAUCCCAUUCUAAUCCAGCGAGAUCCCUGCUAAACCUUUUUACUCCCGGUAAAACUUGUUUGAGUUCAGACAAAGUUUAUAGUGAUUUGCCCCUUGGACAUUCCUAAUGUUAAUUACAUUUAAACAAUUAAGGAAGAAAUCCUGUAUCCCUGAACAAACGUGUCAUAAAUGUACCUUAAAAUCAUAAAAUUUGAUAUGAGUGAAACUGUCAUCCGAUGAACACUGACACACACAAAACUAGUUUAAUAAAUUUCGGUUGAUUUUUCAUAAGGGUGUAUAAGCAAGUGACAGUUUCUCUUUAAUCACUCUCUCUUACGAUUGUUGUGAUGUGAUUUAAAUGAUUUUCUUUGAUUUCACUACUCUGUUUGAAAGUCGAAAGUUUCGGGUGUCAUUUAAUGCAAAGAGUUGAGUGAUAAACGUGGAAACCGCUUAGCAAUUAAUAGAAGAUAAAGUAAACAAAAAGAAACUGUAACUUGCUCAUACGCCCUAAUGAAAAAUCAACCGAGAAUUCAGAGAGGCAUUGAUUAUAUCCACCCAUCUGACACCGGUAUGUGAGCACCAGCCAUUUGAAAGUAUACCGAUUACGUUGAGCCCCUCGCGUUUCGAGCCCCAAACACUGCGAUGUUUUGAUACUCAUCGCGACUCUCAAAUUGUGAAAAUUAUCUCCACUUGAUGUCCCAAAACACUGUCUGCUGUAUUUUAGGUAAACCGACAAGUUAUUGUGAGAGAGUCGACCAAAAAUUCAUUAAUUUUCGUGCACUAAACAAGGUAAACGCGUAAAACAAAUGUAUUACUGUUUGUUUACGUUGCAAUCAGCUGAUUUUGAAGUUUCGAUAUUGAUCACAUCAAGAUGGUGUCGUGACAGAGGGCCGAUUAUAUCUGUCAUAAACGUCAUAAAUCAGUUACUAUUACACGCUCAUACAAUGUUACUCUCAAGUGAGUAAUUUGUACUUAAUUUUGCUUGUUUAGUUCAAAUGUCAAAAAAUGAGUAAUAUUGAUUUAGAAGACUGAGUAACUUCUACUCAGUUUCUAAAUUGACAACAAGUUUUACUCACAGUGCUUUGAAAACAUUGUGUGAAAAUUUACGUUCACUGAUUUGUGUAUAUCUAUUGAAUGGAAAAUGGAGCAUGUUGGAGCCGCGUUAGGCGAAGAAGUCUAUCGAAAAUCCAAAGGUAAUAUUGUUAUACCUCCUAAUAAGGAAAAUUUGCACAUUUGUGCAACCUUCGUUCCGGGAUACGUGAGGGAGUUUAUAGAUAAUUUUCAACUUUCUAAUUCAUUCAAGUUUUAAUUCACCUAGUUGUGUAAUGAUGCCAUUCUCAUAUUACUCAUAACAUCAAAAAUAUUACUGUGGAAUUCGCAAAAAAAUACUAUUCAUUGAAUAGAAAUAGGAAAGUUUGCUCGGACUUAAUUUAACAAGCUCUACAAAUCCUGUUUACUCUGUAGUUCCGAAGACGGAAAUAGUAUCCACAACAAAUAUAGGAAUUCCGUAUGGAACCGUAAGACGUUUCCUUUGAACCUAUAAGUUUGUGAAAAUCGAUUUAGCUAUCUUGAAGAAAAGUGAGUGAAACCCUUUUGCAGUUUUUAAUCACCAUUUCCAAUUCUUCCGAAACCGGAUUGAGAUGGUCGGAAUAGCCGAAGUUGGUUCAUUUGCUAGCAACAAAUAUGACCUAAAAAUUGGAACAGUUUUGAACCUAGUUAAACCUAGACUACCCGAAUAAAAAAUAUUGUAGAAAAACAAUACGAUUUGUUGUUACAAAAGCUGCCACAAUUUUGCUUUGACCAUUGAAAAAUAUUUUAAUGUAUUGUUAUACACUAUUCAAUCAAUUGUGAAAAUGCUUUUUACAAUAGAAUGUAUAGGUUGUUAAGUAUCGUAACAAUUCAAAUCAUAAAGAUUUCUCAUACAUGUUUUCUUGGAAAACAAUAAAAUGUACAGUUUGCAUAUUGUUUGAAACGCCACGUGUACAAUAAAUUCAAUUGUAGAAUCGUAGGAACAAUAUAUUGAAUCGUUGGAGAUGAAAAAAAAUCUUGUCAAGAUACAAUAAAAUGCAUUGUAACCCAUAUAUCUAACUGUGAAUCAAUUGUGUAUGCUGUAAAAUCAAUGGUUUAUUUUUUUACGGGUAACUAUCUCAUGCUCUAUUUCCAUUAAAUCAAUUAAACGAAAUCUAACAAACUUCUGCAUAUGUAAGUCAAGCUAAACAGCAUAAAACAUGUAGUAGGAUUAUAACUUAAAUUUUUAUUAGUGGCAUCAUUGAACCAUCGGCACGGUAUUGCUGCACUACCGGAUGUGAAAAUUUCAUAUUUUUUCAAAUAAAUUUGAAUUCAUUGACAUUCGUUUAUUCUUUCGGUUGUACUGAUCAUAAAAUAGCUAUAAUUUUUAUCAACCGCAGCACCGUCUUUUACCAAUAUUACACACUAGCAGCAGACAUCCGUAACCGUUUCGUUUUCUUUACAGCGUGUACGAAAUAGAACAAAGCACGCAUCGUUUGUUUUGUGUUUUCUUCUUCUUUCGGUGUGGUACAAUUGUCAUUAUAUAUGGCGAUCUGAAAACUUUGACACUCAUCGCCCUGUAACUGCGAGACCGGAAGUCGGAUCCGGAUGAAAUUUCACAGUAGCUUUAAUGAUAAUAUGAGCUUCAAUUCAAAUCAUGAUUUGUGAAAAUCGGUUCAAGCAUCGCAGAGAAAUCGAUGUGAGCAGGGCCGGUGAAAGAGGUAGGUACGGUGGGUAGUACUACCCACGCGAAAAAUUCUAAAAUGGGCAAUUACCCAGCUGAAAUUUCGAUCGAAUAACAGUGUUAAUAUUGGUAUUAUUUAUAACAAUAAGAAUAUUUUUAUUGUAACUCGGAAUAAGAAAUAAAAUCAAAAUUACAGAAUGCUAAUACUCAAGGUAGAGCAAGUAUGUGAAUAUAUACAACAGAAAGGUGAGACGUGACAAGGAUCAUUUUAGCAAGCAGAAAUCUUUCAGUAAUUUAACUUAAGCAACUCAUCAAUGCAAAUCACUCGAGUCUCUUGUAUACCGGAAAGUACCGAUAAAGGUCUGUUACCAUUUACUUUUCGAUCCGGCAAUAGAAAAGUUAGCCGAGGUUGUCACUUUCUGCUUGCGGCAGCAUUUUCGUGAGUUCUUCACAAUCUAUAAUAGUCAAUAUAAAAAUCUAUAUUGACUAUUCUUGACAACAUUCCUACACAUCGAUUCGAGUAGAUAAACUUACAUAUUUUAGAUAAUUGGUGAUCGAAAAUUCAAUUAGUAAUUAACCAUCCCUAAUUUUCCUUGUUUCUCGAACCAUUGACAUGAUUCCUUAUAACAGAUACGACAGUUUCGUAUACACAAGUUCACAGUUUCUAUAAAAUUUCUGCUCUUCAAUGAGUGCGUUUGCAUUCACUCACACAAAACCCGAAUCAGUAUCGAAUCGACUUGCACUCUUUGCGGUUCGAUACUUCCGUAGAGAAGAUUGCUAACACAUCGUUUAAAAAGUCCAGGAACUAACUGUGCAAGAAUCUUUUUUAUUCAUCCACGUAAUCACCUUCGAAUGCAAUAUAAUCAUUCUAACACUUUUUUACUGUUCGAUGCCAUGCUUAAAGAAUGGAAAUAGGCUUCAUUUGAUUCACCAUGAUUCUAGAAUGAAUAUAGGCCCUGGAUUAUGUUUUUGAGAUCAGCAAAGAAUAAUUAGUCUUUGGGUGCUAGACUCUUGAGAAUAUGGUGGAUGAGGAAAUAGAUUCUAGCCCAAUAUAUUAAAUUUGGCAAUUGUUUUCAUAGAUUUGUGGCACGGUGCAUUGUCUCUGUUAAAAAUGAUUUUUUCUUCUUCGUAUGAGGCCGUUUUAUCACUUUUCGCACUUCAAGUGCAUCCGUAACUCAAUGCAAUAAUCAUGAUUCUUUCCUUUUCAAAAUAUGAUGGUUCUUUCCUUUGCAAGACAGUCGAUGUUAAUUAUACCUCGAGCAUCUAAAAACGAACGUCAUGAUUUUUACAGCUACCUGUUGUGUUUUCGGAUUUCCCUAUCUGAAAAUCUUAUUCAUGGCCAGAUUUUCGCGUAAGUUCGUAAAAGCACUUCCUGUUAAGUGUUAACCAUCUCAGUAUAUCUAAUCUCACACAUUUUGAGUUUAUGGAUUUGUUUUAUGCGCCGCUCGAUGCACGAGACACAUUUUGAUCGAAACUCGACUGUUUCUUAGUAUCCGAGAUAAAGAUCUCGAUCACGGAGUACUGGCUGAACGAGUUCAGCAUCUUUCAUCAUCAACCCCAACAAACUAACAGGGUAACCCAAUAUUCUCAAAGAAUUAAUAUAAAAAAUUCGCAGACUCAAAUAAGUUUAUACGGAACACAAAAGACAAUAUUUAAAACAAAUGCUAGUAAUUUUUUUAGACAUUAGUUGAGUUCAACAGUUCUCAACAAUCAACAGUUCGAACAAUCCGAAAGAAACCAAAACGAAAUUUUCAAUCACUGUCUGAUGGCAAAAGGUUUCUUAAUGUGUUUUCACAUGCAGAGUAACUUAAUUGGCAAACCAAUUUCCCCAGAUAGCAGCUAGCUACGAGUUCGAGUAGUGAUUCUACAGUAGCUUUUUCGUUGUUUUCAUUUGACAGUUGUAUUCUUAUGUCAUUUUUCCAAUCAGUUUUCCACGUUAGAUACCGAUUAAACUUAAAACUAGCUUCCUAUCUUAGCAAGACUAAACAAAUCAUUGAACUCCAUAGUAGUUUUAUGUUGUAUUUAUCGCUUGAAUGAGCAAUUUUGUUUUAAGGCAAAAAACCGAAAUGCUUCAAGCUUCGAAUUUACGCGUUUCAUGCAAAGUUAUAUAAUCGAAAGAAAUUAUUAUAUUCUUUUUGCGAUAUUCACCUAACCAGA